GUCCACGCAUAGAGGAUGACGGGGAACGUGUCAGCGGGGUUCUGCACAGUCCCCCCCCGCCUGCAGCUGCUCAAGAUUCAGCGAAAGCGCCGCGGGAAGCGCUCGCCGGGGCUGGCUCCCUAGAAGAGAGAAAGGGCUUCCCAUCAUUCCCUGCGCGACAGCGAAAGCUCCCGGGACUCGCGCCGGAGGUCGAUCGCGUCCUCUUUUCCCUCCCAGGACACCGUAGGCCGCGGUCGCCAUGGGGACCUGAGGUCAGCUUACAUGCCUUGGCCACCGGCUACCCGGUCCCGGGUGUUCGCCGAGCUGGCGCCGCUAAGUGAGAGGGGCCGGGAUGGCUUCUGUGGCGCCGCCGGGGAGAUGCUGCCGAACCUCCGCAGCCACUUGCCCCUCUGCGCGUCCUCGGCACCGCCAUCGGCCCAGAAUCCGGCCCGCGAGGUGCACGUGAGCGGCUCGGCGGAGAUGUGCGGCCCGGACCGGGCGCUGGUUACGGUGAAGGUCAGCAGCACCAAAAACUCGGCCGCCGAGGCCAAGAACAGUGUGGGCCGCCGCCUGGACUACAUCGUGCAGAGCCUGCAGAAACCCGGCAUCCAGGCAAAAAAUAUAACUGUGACAAAGGAUUUUAGUAGAAUAGAAAAUGCUUAUCACAUGGAAGCAGAGGUCUGCAUUACAUUCACUGAAUUCGGAAAAAUGCAGGAUGUUUGUAACCUUCUUGUUGAAAAGCUAGAUAGUUCUGUUAUCAUCAGUCCUCCUCAGUUUUACCAUACACCAGGAGCUAUUGAAAAUCUUAGACGCCAAGUCUGUCUUUGUGCUGUUGGGAAUGCAUGGCGAAAGGCUCAAGAAGUAUGUCAGCUUGUUGGUCAGUCACUUGGAAAACCUCUAUUAAUCAAAGAAGAGGAAACGAAAGAAUGGGAAGGUCAAAUAGACAAUCAGCAGUUAUCUGACCUAGCAGGUUCACUAAGUAUACAACAGAAAAUCCAAAGUGCAACAAUAUAUGCUUCUUCCAGGGUAUUUUUAAACUUUGAAGUUAAAAAAAAAGGAAAAGAAAAAAAAAUGAUUUAAAAUUCUUUAUAACCAAAUUUUUUCGUCUUUGUAUCUAAUUGCCCAAAACCGUGAUUAAAUUUGUAUAAUUUUUAUAAAGUUUUUUUAUACUAAGAUUAAUAUUUUAUAUAGAAUGCCAAAUUUUAUCUGUCAACUAAAAAAAUGGACCCCACAGCAUACUUAAACUUUUGUGUUCUUCAUUUUCAGUUUUUGCUUUCAAGUUCCCACGUUCCCCACAUUCUUCUGUCAUUUUAAUGUCAUUCUUUUUACAUUUUUCUUUUUUGUGACCAUGUGAACAGAAUUUGCAUUAUUAGGUAUGUUUUCUGUUUUCCUGAAUUAAAAAAAAACUUUUAGACUUUGGUUUUCAUGGA